AUGGAGGAUCUCAACCUUUACAUUCUGACGGCCAAUUGCGCGCGGAAUUUGAUUGACGUUGACUUGUUCGCAGACCACUUCUUCGAUGUGCUUUCCACAUCCAGCGAACAACAGCUCGAUGCCCCGGAGCUAAUCGUGCUCUCCUUGCAAGAGCUGGCGCCCAUCGCAUACUCGUUUCUGGGCGGAUCUUAUCUCCUUCCAUACUUUGACGCAUUCACCAAUACGGUCAAGAAGGCCACCGCCAAACAAUGGAAUGAGUCAUACGUCAAUCUAGUCAAGGACCACACGGGCAUGACGGGCCUGAUGGUCUUUGCGCGCGCCGAUGUCACGGACAAGAUCGCCUGGGUGGAUACGGCCCAUGUUGGGUUCGGCAUGCAGGAGAUGGGAAAUAAAGGUGCGGUCGGAGCACGAUUGGGGUAUGUCGUGGACGAGCGUCCCUCGAAGACGGUGGACCUGACUUUCGUCGCGGCCCAUCUGGCGCCAAUGGAGAAUGCACUGGCGCAACGGAACCUGGAUUGGCAGAGUAUCGUCGAGCGGCUGGUCUUCUCGCAUGGCGAUGCCGCGCUCCCCAAAGCUCUGGAGAGACAAAGCUCAACCCCCGACGAGAGCACUGCACUGCUGAGGGACCACGAGGCGACACAUCACACCGCGGGCAGCCAGACGGCUCUCUUUGCGUCCCACUCCUAUGUCUUCCUCGCCGGCGAUCUCAACUACCGUACCUCAAACAUCGGUCCUCUCAAGGGUGAUGCGGCACGGUUCCCCCAGCGUGAUGCCCCUCGCACCAGCUCGGCACACUACUGCCACCUCCUCCAAGAUGAUCAGCUGCGACGCGAGAUGCAGCAUGGCCGGGUCUUCCACGGCCUCUCCGAAGCCCCGAUCGACUUCCCUCCGACUUACAAGUACUCCAGCGCCGCGCAAGCAGCCGCGCGCGUCGCCCUCACGAACCCCGACGCUGCCCCUGUGGAGUGGAAGUGGUCGAGCCACCGCUGGCCGAGCUGGUGCGAUCGCAUCCUCUAUCUUGACCCCGCGGCCCCGGCCGAUGGUGCUGGAUCUGGCAAGGUCACCAUCAAACCCCGCGUGUACGACGCUCUGCCGCUGUUCCCCCACUCCGAUCACCGCCCUGUCGCAUUGGCAGUGUCCGUGCCGCUGACGCCUGGCAACGCGUCAGGGUCGCAUCUUAUGACCAACGCGAGCGUCGCGGCUCCAUUUGCAAUCGAUCCCAGCUGGCAGUCUCGGCGCGACGCAGCGCGGCGGAAGGAGAUUAUUGUUGGUGCACUGGCGUUCCUAGGGUUGACCUGGGAGGGCAAUGGGAUGCUCCUCGCGUCGGUGCUGGGGCUUGUUGGCGCGUGGGUGGUUCUGCGGUCGAUGUGGACGUAA